CAGCUCGUCUACAACCGCAUAGCAAAGUUCAUCAGAUUGCGAUAAAGUCGGUUCUUUUUCACCUAUCACGCAAAUUCGAUUGUUUUUUAUUCAUUGAAACCAAUUAUUCGCGGUGAAUUAUUUCACAACAAAUCGAACGGUUUCAUUGGAAGUAUCGCGACGAGCUGACAAAAAAUAAGAAUGUUCUUGAACAUUCACAAAAAAUUUAUGACAAAAGUCGUAAGAAGGGCUAAUCGAAGUGGAGAUUUGACUGAGACACCAAAUCAAAAUGAACAGUCGAGUCAACAGCAUCAACAGAAUGAAGACGAUGAGCCGAGGGAAGCAAAUCAACAGCAAACCAAUCAAUCGAACGAAGAAGCCCAAGCUGAUGAAUCGAACGAAGAAACUCAAGCUGAUGAAUCGAAUGAUGGCAACCUAUUGAAUGAAGAGGUUGAAGCUGAUCGAUUGAACGAUGAAGCUCAAGGCAAUCAGUUGGAUGAAGAAGCUCUAGGCAACCAAUCGAAGGAAGAAGUUCCGGAAAUGCUGCAAGAAAAUAUGCCCGAAGGACUGCCUGCAGAAUUGAAAUCAACAACCAAAAUCACCGAUGUAAAUAAUGAUUGUCUCGGCUUCAUCUUCGCACAUUUGGAACUGGCCGAUCUUCUGAGCAUUUCGGAUGCGAACAAGGAUCUAAAGCCAGCUGCUUUUCUUGUUUACGCGGAAAAAUAUGGGAAAAUGGUCAUUCAUAUCCAAGCUCAUGCCGCAAAUCGCAGAUCUCCUGAAGUGUCAAAGGAUUGUGUUUGGGCCACCAAUAGAACCGAUAGCUUGAAAAUUAUGCGCCAUUUCGGUGAUGCCAUAUCCAAAUUAAAAAUCUCCUACAAAGGCUCAAACGAUGGUUAUUUUGCUGAAAUGGAACGCUACAUCAACGAAUAUUGCAGCAAAACCGUCAUUGAAAUUCAAUUUACACUCUCAAUGUUCUCUGCCAUUCCAAAUCUGGUUGUGCCAGUUCACAGUGUUAGUUUCUAUUCAUGUGAAUUGGCCAAAGAGCAAUGCCAAAUCGACGAAUGGUUUCCAAAUGUGCGUCACCUCAUGUUCGGAUCAAUGGUCGAAAUGGAUGAUGUUAAGCGGGUCGUGGUACAUUAUCCUCAUUUGGACAGUUUGACCAUUGAAAAAGCCGAUCCAAUCAUUCAAAAUGGAUUCAACGAGGCAAAUGUUAUGGAAAUCUUGCGCUUGAAUCCAAAUUUGAAAAGUUUACACCUUCACAAUUUCAAUACGACAUUCCUUCAAAUGGUCGGUGAAUAUUUAUAUCAAGUCAAAAAUCUUGAACUUUCGUUCAAAAAUGAUGAUAGCAUCAAUCACAGCGAACCAUCCAUUCGUCUUUGGAAUGUGAAAAGCUUCGUUCUUCGCGUUAAAGAGAACGAAUCGCGUAAUUUUCCAAAUUUGCCGUUUAAUUUUGGAAACAUUGAAGAAUUUAAGUACACAAGCCACCCCUAUUGCCUUGAAUUUUUUCGUGAAAAUCCGCUGAAAAUAGUACAUUUGAAGUUCGGUCCGCUAACGUUUCAAGGUGAUAGCAUAAUCGAUUUUGCAAGGGCUUUGCCAUCGGUGACUGAAUUGGUUCUGGACAAUUGCAGACUUGAAGUUGACGAAAUGAUUUGGUUUUUGGACGAAUGUCCAAUGCUCACCAAAUUUCAUUUUGUAAAAACAUGGAGAUUUGAAGAACAUGUGGUACGAUACGACCUUGGACCAGAGUGGCGGAUAGAAUUUGAUGGAAAUAUCGUUAAAAUGGAACGUUGAAUUGGUUUUAGUAAAAUAACAGAAAAAAAAAAAAAAUACUGGCUGAAUAUUCAGUAGCAAGGAAAAAAGGAAUUAUUGUUCGAUAGACAUCUGCACAUUCACUUCAAAUAUACAUAAAAAAAUUUCAUAUAUUCAUACAUGAGUAUGGAAGGAAGAAAAAAACAAUCAUUAUUUCUUCUUUUGGUAGAUUGUAAGGUGUAUUACGAACGAUUUUAUUCGAAAUAAUAAAAUAAA